AAGCUAUCUUGUCUGACGUGACGUCCGCCACGACGCGCAAUCAUACGAUUUAACGUCACGCGUCACGUGGCUGUGACACAUAGCCACACACCUGCAUAACCCCACGAGAAAAUCAAUAAAAAUGUGUGAAAAUUGAAUGUGAUUGUUGUAAAUAAAGGAUGCGAGAAUAUGUCCGUUAUGUUUGUAUAAUUCGCGAUGAGUUGUGAAGGUGACGUUUGCGCCACGUUUAACUUUAUUGGCGACGGCGAGGGCGACCACGUUCAGCCAGUUCAUUUCGCCUUCCGAGUCCUGACGUAGUGAGCUUUUGCAGAAGAAUCGGGGCUCUAUAUUUUUGUAUUUAUGUUCCUCGCAGUAUGUUAGAUUUUCAUACAUCAGGUGGGACCGAAACUAAUCCGUCAGUAAUCAUGUCACGGAAGCGUACCAGAAGCCGGUCCGAGGACAACAUCUACGAAAGCCGUACGAAAAUGCAGCCCAUUAUGUCUGUCUAUCAACAAGCGCCGUUCAGCGACGAACCGGAGGCGAUUAAGUUGCUAAACGCCUGCAACUACAAACUUAAAAUAACAAAAGAGAUCGCGGUGAGCGGCAGAGCUCCGCGCGCUGUACGCAUCUAUGCGGACGGCGCCUACGAUCUAUUUCACGAGGGCCACGCCAAACAACUGCAGCAGGCCAAGAAUCUGUGCCCAAAUGCGUACUUGAUAGUCGGAGUUUGCAGCGAUGACAUGCUACACAAGCUGAAAGGGCUAACCGUUCUCAACGAAAAUGAAAGGUACGAAGCGGUGCGCCACUGUCGAUACGUCGACGAGGUCGUCAGAGACGCCCCCUGGGUGGUCACGGACGACUUCUUAGAGGCGCACAAGAUCGAUUUCGUCGCGCACGACGAUUUGCCGUACGCGUGCGGCGACACCUCCGACAUCUACGCGACCUUAAAGGCGAAAGGCAUGUUUCUGGCGACGAACCGAACUGAAGGCGUUUCCACGUCGGAGAUCGUCGCGCGUAUAGUUCGCGAUUACGACGAGUACGCGCGGCGCAAUCUCGAGCGCGGUUACUCGGCGAAGGAUUUAAAUAUCUCCUACCUGAAGGAGAAGCGAAUUCGAUUCAAACGAAAAAUGCACGAACUGAGAGACAAGGGGAAGAACGUCAUCGGCAGCAUCGGCGAGAGGACGGACGAUAUGAUCUCGAAAUGGGAAGAAAAAUCCAAGGAUUUCGUCGAAAGCUUCCUCGGGCGGUUCGGCAAAGAGAAAUUGACGAAUAUUUGGAAGGAGUCGAAGAAUAAAAUUUUAAACGCAUUCAGUCCGCCCGGAUCGCCGGGGAAUAGCACGGAUAGUUCUGUUAAUGGCGAUAUUUCAGAAGAUGAAGAGUAUAAAGUUGCUCCGAAGGCGAAACGAGCACGAAUUUAUUCUUAACUACAUUUAAUUAUGCGUUGUUAAUGAACGUUAAUAAAUAGCGCUGAAGGUUAGGGUUUCAGUUCCAUACUUCUUAAUUGGAGAAUUUAUCAGGCGUCUGGCAGUGUUGCCAUAUUUAUGAGAAUUUAGCGUACUGAAUAAAGUCUAAAGAUGUGAGGGA